GUAAACUGGGAUACUCACAUUGUACAGAAACAGAGGUGAUCGAAUCCUUGGGGAUUAUCAUUUAUAAAGCACUGGACUACGGGCUGAGGGAGAAUGAAGAAAGGGAAUUAAGCCCUCCCCUGGAGCGGCUCAUCGAUCUCAUGGCCAACACAGUAGAGGCUGAUGGCAGCACCGAUGAGGGUUAUGAAGCUGCAGGCGAAGGCCUGGAAGAGGAAGAGGAAAAGAGAAAAGUCUCAGCCAUUCGGUCCUAUCGAGAUGUUAUGAAGUUAUGUGCUGCUCAUCUCCCAGCUGAAUCAGAGGCACCAAAUCACUACCAGGCAGUAUGCCGGGCACUGUUUGCUGAGACAAUGGAGCUGCACACAUUUCUGACUAAAAUAAAGAGUGCAAAGGAGAAUCUUAAGAAGAUUCAAGAAAUGGAAAAGACUGACGAAUCUAAUACUGAGCUGGAAGAGCUGAAAAACGCUGACUGGGCUCGGUUUUGGGUACAGGUGAUGAGGGAUUUGAGGAAUGGAGUAAAACUUAAAAAGGUACAAGAGAGGCAAUACAACCCUCUGCCCAUUGAAUACCAGCUCACUCCUUACGAGAUGCUGAUGGAUGACAUUCGGUCCAAAAGAUACACUUUGCGAAAAGUGAUGGUGAAUGGUGAUGUUCCCCCUCGGUUGAAAAAAAGUGCCCAUGAGAUCAUCUUGGACUUCAUCAGAUCAAGACCUCCUUUAAAUCCAGCAUCAGCCAGAAAACUGAAACCCACUCCACCACGACCACGAAGCCUCCAUGAAAGAAUAUUAGAAGAAAUCAAAGCAGAAAGGAAGCUGCGGCCUGUCUCACCAGAGGAGAUUAGACACGGCAGAUUAGCACCGAGGCCACUUAGCAUGUCUCACAGUUUUGACUUGUCAGACGUAACUACCCCCGAAUCACCAAAGAGUGUUGUAGAGUCGUCAGUGUUAAAUGGAGGUUCAACACCGAAAACAAAAGAAAAUGGGUUAAGUGCAGCACACCAAGCCCCUGUGCAGAGGAAGAAGCUCCUAAAAGCCCCAACCCUGGCUGAACUGGACAGCUCCGACUCUGAGGAAGAAGCCCUGCCCAGGCCAGCCAGCAGUAGCAGUACGUCUCCUUCCUUCAGCGAGGAUCCCUUAUUGGAGGCCGUGUCCACGAGGAAGAAGCCUCCAAAGUUUUUGCCCAUAUCAUCAACACCCCAACCAGAGAGGCGGCAGCCGCCCCAGAGACGACAUUCCAUUGAAAAGGAAACACCUACCAAUGUGAGACAGUUUCUGCCACCCUCCAAGCAGAGCUCUCGAUCUCUCGUCCGUAGGAUAACCAGUGUAUGGCCAAGGACGCCUUUCCGACCACUUUUUCCUACCAUACAAACAGCUUCUCUGCUCAGCUCUCAUCCUUUUGAAGCAGCCAUGUUUGGGGUAGCAGGGGCUAUGUAUUAUCUCUGUGAGAGAGCUUUGACCAGCAGGUGGAAGUCCUCAAAGGAAGAAUUCUGCUACCCAGUGGAAUGUCUAGCUCUUACUGUGGAGGAAGUGAUGCAUAUUCGUCAGGUCCUGGUGAAGGCAGAACUGGAAAAGUACCAACAAUAUAAAGAUGUCUACACUGCCCUGAAAAAAGGAAAGCUCUGCUUUUGUUGCCGAACCAGGAGGUUUUCCUUCUUUACCUGGUCUUAUACCUGUCAGUUUUGCAAGAGGCCGGUGUGCUCACAGUGUUGCAAAAAGAUGCGGUUGCCCUCCAAGCCAUAUUCAACUCUUCCUAUAUUUUCAUUGGGACCUUCUGCCUUGCACAGAGGGGAAAGUUCUGCGAGACCUGAGAGGCCCUCCUCUGGACACCACCGGCCCCUCCGCGGCAUUGCCAGGUUCUCCUCAAAAUCGAAGUCUGUUGACAAAUCCGAUGAAGAGCUACAGUUUCCCAAAGAGUUAAUGGAGGACUGGAGCACUAUGGAGGUGUGUGUAGACUGCAAAAAGUUUAUUUCGGAAAUCAUCAGUUCAAGUCGCCGUAGCCUGGUAUUGGCCAACAAAAGAGCCAGAUUAAAAAGGAAAACACAGUCUUUCUAUAUGUCCUCAACAGGCCCCUCGGAAUACUGCCCGUCAGAGAGGACUAUCAAUGAAAUCUGAGCCUUGUGCCUUUUGGUUGCUUUUGUGUUGAGAGUCAGCAUUAGCACAGGAGGACACUGAGCUGGACUGUCUAUCCUGGCCACGGUUUUAGUUAAUGGGCUUGAAUUUGCAUUAGGUCAGGCAUUCUGCGGAAUCACAUUGUUCUACAGACUGAAUGCUGUGUUCAUAUCGAUUGAGGCUAUGUGACUGGUUAGCCAGUUGCUCAUUUGCACUGAUUGAGAGAGGAUGACAGUCUGAAACCUGCUUUUGUAUGUAUAUGGAUUUGGAAGCCAGAAGCUUUUUCCUUAGCUCAGCUCCUUACUGAUCCUCAAAUAAUUUUUUCUGACGAAGGCAUAAAGCUUCUCAUGGAAGAAAUCCAGCCUAACAGAGGUGUCGAUGUUAGCACAGUUCCAAGCAGUAAGUCAUAUUGGCACUUUCACCUGACAGUGUUCCUAGUUGAUGUACAUAGUAAUCAGAGCCUUGCCACAACCCAGACGCCUGCAGGCGGGGGCCCAGCUAUCUGAUCAUCUCACAGCACAAAACCUGCAAUGAUUUGCUAAUACUAUCAAGCUGUUCUUAAACUAUUGUUGCUCUGAGAUAAAGACCCCAGGAGGGACUAUAUGCCCGCAUUCUAGUGCACAGUAUCUGAAUAAGCUGUACACCCACGUGGGUGGCCAUUGCCUCUGAGCUGCUGUGUUUGCCCCAGUGCAGGUGGUCAGUAAUUCCCCAGAGGGGGCAGAGUUUUCAUUCCUUAUCUUGAAUGUAUUAUGGCUCUAUUAGUUUUAUAAGUGGAGGUCUAAGAAGUAAAGCUUUGUGGGAGUUUUCAAGACAAAGGAAGGCUAAGUUUGUCAAGACAUUGAGUGUGAUUGGACUCACUCUGUAGAGGGUGGUGACAACAUUGGAUGGCAGCUGUUUGCCACAGGAAGGGAGGAACUGGAGCCCAGACAUCUUCACCAACAGCUUCCCAACUUUAUAGUCUGGCUGCCAUAACUAAAGUGAGCCACAAUUUGGUACCUGGUAUCUCAAACUGGAAUUUAUUUUUAUAGAUGAAUUUUAAAGGAAAAAUGUCCAGUUCUUUGAAAAUUAUACAAAAACGUAACCUGCCUGAUAGGUUUUUGCGGUGCUUUUUUUUUUUUUUUUUUUUUUGCACUGGUUUUCUCUGUAAAAGACUUGAGUGAGUAGGCUGGGUUUUUGAUGUAGGUAGGUUGUAUACUUGAAAAUUUUUUUACUUGUUUGACUCAUACCAUGGACUUUACUUUAGUAUUCUGUUAUGCUUAGAAAUGACCAGAUCAUGCACAUGGACAUCACUCCCUACAAGCUACAGGACACAUCUGCAGCCAACUGUACUACGGCUGCACCAUUUGUAUUUGGUAGAAGGCACGGCAGUCACAUUCCACACAGUCAGAAGCAUUUCUACACUAAAUUGACAAUAAUACCUCAGAACUACUCUGGUAGUAGUUUUUAAUGGAUCAAAAUUCACAAUUUAAUAAACAGCUUAAUAUCACUUAUGAAAUAAACUUUACCAGUUGCCUAAAGUAAUGCAUGGUAACACCCCUUCCGUAUCAGCAUGCAAAUGUGGACCAGCAGAGAACGCCUACUGACGAUACACAGUGUUUAAGUGAGUUUAAAGACUUUUUAAAAAAGAGUUUGAAACAUUCCACUGAGUGAAUCACAUUUUCUAAGGCACUGUGUGAACUCUGCACCCCAAAUCAUCUGGGAUGAGCCACACCCUCUGCAAGCUCCAAGCUUGAGCACCUCAGUGACUUCACUUAGCAGGAAGGUACCAGGGCGAGGAGAGGAGACAGCCCUUGUGUGCCUAUAAAGGCAUGGCUUCUUUGCUGUUGUUACUGAAGCCGAAGAAACUAAGUCACAUUUCAGUCAGAAAAGCAGAUAUCCAGCAGUUUAUCUCUGACAUCUCCUCAGCUUUAUGCUGACAGACAGGCUAAGCUGGGUGUUGAGAUUCCCUCCUGCCAGGCCAGUAGAAUACAAAUCCUUCGGCGGCAUUAAUGGAGUUUGUCAGCGACAUUCGAAGGGGCACGUGGAUGGUACGUCCAUGUGAAACAAGGUGCAUGCAGUAGCGUGGGUCAAAGGCACAGGAUGAGGAGAUAGCAUAAUGGAUGUACAGACGUCCCUUCAUACCUGAGGCUCCGAGGUUCCAGGUUUAGUCCCCUACACCACGAUGACUCAGAGCUAUGCAGUGCUCUGGCAAUAAAUAAAUAAAUAAAUAAAUAAAUAAAGCACAUGGUACAGUUAAAAUCGUAGAGAUCAAAUUAACAUCACCUUUUGGUGCCAAAACGAAUUCUUGCAUUUAACCCUCCCUCAUUCAUGACAUGUAGCCUGUGCCUCAUGGAAAAUGUAAAUUCCAGAGAGCAGCUCACCACCUGGAGGGCACAGUUUCACCGUCCUUAGCCUCAUCUGACCUCCCUGUAACUGCUAAUAUGCCUUGGCCGUGUUCCUCUUUGUCCGGGUGUCCAACUACUUGGCCUUUGUUCUCCAUCCAACAACAGUAGCAAUGUUGUCUUGCUAGUCUUGGUUGGAGCCUACUGUGUCCUGGAGGUUGAGUGUAUUGCUGGACGGUCGUCUCUGUGUAUCCCUGAGUGUCCGCCCAGCUCCUUGCAGCAGGUACCCGGCACCAAUCCUUUGUCCCCCACCUCCUAAAGCCACCCAGUUGGAAGACCUUUGUUUCCGCAUAUCUUACCUUUCCAUCAGUGUCCGAAUACACAAGAAUACCUGUAAAUACUGUAAUGUAUGUAUUAAUAUUUGAAAGGCAUUCAGGCGGUGGACAGUGGGGAUUAACUCUCCCAAAGCAAGUAAAAAAAAUAAUUGCUGUGUACAUUGACUUAACAGUCUUACUAGAUUUCAUGUCUUAAGCCUUUCAAAUUAAACUGGAAGGUGGUAAUGUAGGAGUUUUAAAAAAUGAUCUUACCUUUGAAAAGAUUGUGAUUAGCACCACGAACUCAUACCAUGAAGUUUUUAAGACUUUUAUUUUUCUAACUGUAUUAAUAAAUAUAGCACUGGAUUUUAAGUGUCACAUAGGAGACAUGAAAUGUUUAAAUUAUGUUGCUAUUUGCUAUAGCAAAAUAGCAGAAAUUUUUGUACAUGCAAAACUGUUGAAAGGCCAUGGGGGAAUAAAUAAGUGUGUACUACUGAUUAAACUCGA